GGAUGUCCAACCAAUUUUGCUUACUCCAUUGUUCGUCUUCCUUUCUAUAUAUAUAUAACUUCUCAUUUCCACAAAACAUUUAUACAAAUAAAGGAUAAUCGAUCACAGCAUUUCUCUACUUUAAUGGCAAAAGUUGGUUUCAUUUUAGUUGUAUACGUAGUGGCCGUGGUGUUGCUUAGCACCGCUGUGCAUGGCCAAGGCACACGCCUCGGCUUUUAUCGCGCCACGUGCCCUCAAGUCGAAUCCAUCGUUAGAUCCACCGUUCAAUCCCAUUUUCGAAUGGAUCCAUCGAUUGCUCCUGGGUUGUUAAGAAUGCACUCCCAUGAUUGCUUCGUUCGAGGGUGUGAUGCUUCUGUGCUUCUUGCCGGUCCCAAUUCUGAGAGGACGGCUGUGCCUAACCGUACUUUGAAAGGGUUUGAGGUCAUUGACGACGCCAAGUCCCAACUUGAGGAUGUCUGCCCAGGCGUUGUCUCGUGCGCUGAUAUACUUGCUCUUGCUGCUCGUGACUCAGUGGUUCUGACGGGUGGAAGAAGUUGGGAAGUUCCGACGGGACGAAGAGAUGGUAGAGUUUCGUUAGUAUCAGAGGUGAAGUUGCCUGGUUUUUCAGAUUCCAUUGAAGUUCAAAAGGAGAAGUUCAGAUCUAUGGGUCUCAACACACAUGACCUCGUCACUCUCGCAGGUGCCCAUACCAUCGGUACCGCAUCAUGUCGUUUUUUCAGUUAUAGACUCUACAACUUCACAACAGUCACUGAAACCGGUGCUGACCCGACUCUUAAUCCAUCACUCGUCGAACGACUACGAGAAGUUUGCCCCGCAGACGGAGAUGGCUCAAGCAGAGUCGAACUCGACUUCGAUAGUUCAGAAAAUUUUGACCUAUCGUUCUACAAAAACUUGAGACUAGGGGGAGGGAUCUUGGAGUCCGAUCAAAUGCUGUGGAACGAUGCUUCUACUCGCCCUAUCAUCCAACACUACUUGAGUUUAAGAGGUUUAGUAGGGCGUUCAAGCUUUAGAGUUGAGUUUGGAAGAUCGAUGGUUAAAAUGAGCAAUGCACAAGUUAAAACUGGCUUGCUUGGUGAAAUUCGAAGGGUUUGCUCUAAGGUUAAUAACUGAUCAUAUGUGUUUAAGCUGUCUUUAAUGUAUUUUAAGAGUGGGUUUUUUCUCAAUUUAAUAUGUUGGUGUGUGUCUUUGAGUUUUGUUUUAAACUUCUUGAUCUUAUGUUUUAAUCAUAGUUUUAUAUUUACUGUCAUAUUUCUAUGUUUUGUGGGUUUGACAUCGUACAUGAAAAGUGAAUUAUCGAUAUUUUCAUGUCAAUAGUUUAAAUUGUGAAGUUUAUUUUU